CCGAAAAUAAUAAACUAGUUCUUUCAGUUUUUCUUAGUUUCUCGCUUACGAAAUCCCGACCCGUGAAACGUUCACGCGUCACAGUUCAUGGAAUAACGAGCCCACACUAUAAAAAUUUCUUUACGACUCCAUACCACCAGCCAGAUCAGACCAUGACGCCAUAAAGUGAGACAACAUCAAUGGAUUCAUAACCAUGACGUUGCAAGGGCUCAUCAUGACUCUGCACCACGAGCCACCAACUGUGCUAGAUCACAACUUUGUUUUAAUUUAGAGACCACAAGGUUGCAACCAAGAUGUUUUUAGGAGCAUAAUACUUCUCAAAAUCAUUCUCAUGGAGCCCCAAACUUACAUUGUUGCACCAUAGCCUGACAGGCUCACUCCAUGGCUAUGACUAUGAUCUCUAUGGGUUGCAUUGUGGCUCUAAACCACGAGCCAUCACUGUUAUCUUGUCUUAGCACUGCGAUGCUACAAAAAUGCACCAAGGUCCCUCACUGAAAAUCAACUUAUCUAAAUUGUGCCUUUACAACAUGGUUGUAUAUUACUACAACAAAUUCAGCCUAUUACGAUAAAAAUUUCAUUUUGUCAUUUUCUGUUUGUCACAAUAUGUACGGUGAUAUGACAAAAAUAAUAUAUGUCCUAUUUGGUAUGCCUAAUAUGACAAAAAAAAUUGUCAGAAUAAGUCGUCAUUUAAAGUGAGUAAUGUGACAAAUACUUCGUGUCGAAAUUAAUUUUGUCAAAAUAGGCGUCCCAUAUCGGGAUGUAAGAGACUCAACAGUGACAAAUUUCUUGUUGUCAGAAUAGUUUGUCAUUUAAAGUGAGUAAUGUGAAAAAUAUUUUGUGUUACUAUUAAGUUUGUCAAAAUAGGCAUCCCAUAUCGGGAUGUAAGAGACACAAAAGUGACCAAUUAUAUCGUCUAAGUAGCUUUUGUCAUAUUAUGUCUUCCUGAAUUGUUUAAAUGACAAAAUAUUUUGUCACAAUAGAUAGAAAUAAUCCCAUGAUGAGCUGACAAAAGGGCACGUUCGUCAUAAUAUAGGUGGCUUCGGCUUUGACAAAAGGCAUGUUCGUCAUAAUAUAAUGGUUUCGUUUUUUACAAAAGGCAUUUUCGUUAGAUUUCCUUGUGUUAGGCUGAAACCUCGUGUUAGACGGAAACCAAUCGACCCUGUCGACACAUUAUUUCCCCCACUCAAAUUUAAGUCCCGUCCAAUUUUUAACUGUCAACUUUUCAAUCCCUCCCAAUUUUUAGACCCCAAUUUCCAGCCCACCCCUCCUUUUCCUCCUCUGCACUUCUUUUUAUUCUGGGAAGGAGAAAGCUGUGGGAGAAAAAUAAAUUCUAGUUUUCUGGAAAUAAGGGGACGGGUUGUUCCCCUUUUCCCAGCGGAAAAAGCACACUAUUCAUUAAUGAGACUCCGCGUUCCAUUCACGACGGGUACAAUUUUCCCCCUUUUCCUCUGUGCUUCUAAAUGCUGUUGUUUUGUCCACCACAACCCUAGAAAGAGACGGUUCUCAAACUCUCCUCCCACUUUCUUCUACCUCUCACUCGACCUCUCAUCCCACGAUAUCUCUCUACCGCUAUUCCUUCUCCCCCAGACCACCACCGGUCCCGUCGUUCCCUACCCCCAGACCGCCACCAACCCCGCUACCAUCAUCUUCCUCUCCCUCCAGACAACGACGGUCCCCGUCCGAGAAGUCAAGCAGCAGGGACAGUUGUGCCGCCAUCAUCUUCCUCUCCCUCCAGAAAACCACGAGCCCGCAUCAAAGAUGUGAAGCAACAGCGACGAGGUAUGAAACGAUGAGCUCCAGCCGGCGCUCCUUCCUUCUCCUGCUAGCGACCCAUUCUUGGUAAAAGUAGCAUCAACGAAUUUUUCUUGGUUCUAAUAUUUUUUGCUUGUCAGGAAUUGGUUUCUGAUUUCUAAAGGAUGGAAAGAGAAAAGAAGAUGUAGUUGCGGCCCUCAAUCCCGCUGGCGACAAAAGGUGAGGUUCUUCUAAUCUCUCUUUCCUGAUUCUAUCCUCUAUUCCUAUUAAGUUGUGGAUGUGGAAUUUAGGAAUUUAGAUUGAGGGAUUUACCUACGGGUGAUUGGUUUGCAUAUCUCUUUUGCAGUUUAUUGGGUAGUGGAUUUGUGUUCCAAGGGUCAUGCUUAUUAUAUAGUGAAUUUUCGUUUCAAGGUUUAGGUUGAUUUUCAUACGCUUUCAAAAUUAUUGCCAAUUUGUAGGAAAAGAGCUUCGCUUCAUUUUGAAGACGCCCCUACUUCAGUCAUGUUAUGUUUCUUAAGGCCAAUGUUCUUUCACAUUCUUGGUCAGUUUCUGUCGGUGUUAUUAAGACCGGACCGAGCCGGCCGGCCGGACCAAAAAAGUCGUCACUCGGUCGCAAAUCUGGCUCAGGUCACUCAUUUAACCGCUAAGAUUUUAUGGAGCGGCCGGCGAGCGAUCGAGGCGGUUAACCGCUCGAGCCGCUCGAAACGGUUGCUCGGUUUUCCCCCUUAUGUCCCUUCUGUUUAAUAAAAAAAAUUGAAAACGAAAGGCAAAAUCGUGGGGCUGAGAAAGCAAUCCUAACUCUAAUUCAGUCUUCGUCUUCGACUCUUCGUGAACAGAGGGAGAAGAGAGGCACCAAACCUUGAUGCCGUCAACACUUCCUGUCGGCAUCGUCGCCAUCCCUAGUCAGCGUAGCAGCUCCUAGUUUGCCAUUGCCAGUCUCCAUCCCCGUCCCCUCUUCCCGUAGCAACUCCUCCGUUCCGUAGUCACUUCCCCGUCUCGUCUCUUCCCGUUGUCAUCCCAGUCCUUGUAGCCACUGCCGGCUCCCGGUUCCCCGCUCGCCAGUCCCCAUCCCUUCUUCCCGCAACUUCUCCUUUGAUAUCCAUCGCCAGAGGCUUGAAUCAAGCACUGCCCUGCUCCGGCCGUCUCACCCCUUUUGGUACUCAUGUUUUGGAAUUGUUAAUAGUUAAGAGUGUAAUUUACUAAUUUAGUCAUGGUUACCAUGAUUAAGAAGUGUCCACUAUUUAUACUGAUUAUUCAUUAGGUAUCGGUUUUCUAACGGUUUUUAAACGGUUUGAUGUCGGUUGGACCGCUAAAGACCGAGCCAUUCACGUUAUCGGGUCAUACUCCGGUUCACUUUUGACAACAUUGGUUUCGGUUGAUUAAAUUAUUCAUAUGGUGAAUCCAAUGGCAGCUUGAUGAGCUAGAGGGUAAAGCCUCUUACCAAGUCAUACAUAGACUCUUUAAGAGAGCUAGGAAUCUCAAGGUAAUUUAUUGAUAGUUGUUUGAUUCGUAAGCCAUGUUUUUGUGCUUUUUCUUGAGUUUAGAUGAAGUCUAGGCAUUUUUUAUUUUAAUUGCAGCUUGAAAAUUUGCCUACACAUUAUUGUGGCUCAUCCCUUACUCUCAUUGGCUCUCAAAGAAUUCGUCAUUUGAUAUUUAUGUAAGGUAAACCUUUCUAAUGUACUAAGUUGUCAAUAUCUCAGUUAAUAUUUAGUCAGUUUUUGUUGUUUUGAUAUGAUAUCUUCAUAUCAUUAAUUUCAGUAACUUUAAUUUAAAACUAGGUGUAAGAAAAAAUGGCAUACUUUAUUGUUGUUUCAAGAGAGUCCUCUUAAAAGUGAGAAGUGGCAUUUUCCAAAUUCUAAUUGUGUGCGUUGUCUUUUUUUUGCAUGAAUCAAGUUUGUCCAAUAUCCCCUCAAAGCGUGCAAGACGAGGAGUAGCAACUUGGAGCUCAAGGCGAUAAAAGACAUUUGUAGGAGUGAUCUACCCCAUUUGCUUGGUUCUAUUCAUUUCAAUGCAGCAUUCUUUUGUUGUUCCAGUUGCUUGUUUUUUUACGUGUAGCUUCUUUACAUUAUUUCUUUUGUUGUUAAUGUUUGUUUACUUUGCCAUUGGAUUCUUUAAAUGAACUCUAUGUAAUAUGUUUGUCUUAUUUAAAAGAGAUGAUUGAUACAAUAUAUAAGGCUCCAAGAGCAUGCAGCAAGAAGCAGAUGCAACAAGCUAAUUAAAAAAAAUUCUUUGUAGCAUUUAUUAUAUGUUAUUUUAGACAUGAGACAAAUAAGGCACCUUUCAUUACAAAUAUAUUGUUCAAUAUAUGCAGGUAUGACAAAAUAAUAUCGUCACAAUAAACACUUGUGACAAAA